AUGGAUGCUUCAGGUUCACUUGAUACGUCGAAUACAACGAAUACGAUCAUCGAGAAAACAAAUAAAUUGAAAAUUAGUUCAACUGUAGAAAGUAAGGAUGAAAGCAAUAAAGACGGUCCAUCUGCAUCAAAGGCACCAGCUACUAAAGGUAUUCCAUAUUUGGAACAUGGAACGGGAGCUGCUUCACAACAAACAAGUACAAAAGUAUAUUAUCAUAUCGACGACGAAAUGGUGCCAUAUUGUACUGAUGUCAUGGUACCACCCGAUAAAAUAACACUUGGUGACUUCAAACGUGUCUUAACACGAUCAAAUUUCAAAUACUAUUGCAAAGCCCCUGCUCCCGAUUCCGGAGUCUUUCCUGAAGUGAAAGUGGAGAUACGUGAUGACAGUGAAUGUUUACAUCGGUCGGCAAAUGGUCAGUUUGAGCUCUUUUUGCUUACAUCAGAAGGUAGCAGUCAUUCCGAUGGUUCGUCGGGUCUUCCAUUGAAAAGUGCACGGCUCAUGGUUGGGAAAGCACAAAUUUUCAAUAGUCUCAAAAAUAAGCAAAUAAAUAAGAAUUAUGAAUUGUCAUCUGUACAUUGUUUCAUUUCCGGUCCCGGGCCCAGCACCAACUAUGUAUCCUAUUGGAAGUAUGGCUUAUCGACAAGCCUAGCAUCUACAGAUUCGGAUUCUUUCAUCAGUGAUAUGAGAGCCCUGCCAAUGCAAGUAAAGGGAAUGGCAAGGCGACCAUUUCCGCAGCAGUACAUUCCGCAAGGACAUCGUGGAGGUCGACGUUUUGAAGAUUCAACACUGGGCUCUGAAAGUGACGCGCGGUUAUUCUCGGAUGAUGACGACCGUUCGAGAGUUUCAACAUCUACUGACAUCACCAGCGUUUCUCGGCAGCAUCAUGCUCCUGCAUAUCGUAAACGCCGAAAUCGUCGGCGAUUUCGACAGCCUUCAAGAGCUUCGUCCUUUAGUAGCAUAACAGAAAGCUCAAUGUCAUUGGAUGUAAUCACAGUAACACUAAAUAUGGAUACGGUGAACUUCUUGGGUAUCAGCAUUGUUGGACAGAGCUCAUCUCGUGGUGAUAAUGGCAUCUAUGUGGCUAAUAUUAUGAAAGGAGGUGCUGUAGCAUUAGAUGGACGAAUUGAACCGGGUGAUAUGAUUUUACAAGUGAACGAUAUUUCGUUCGAAAACUUUACGAACGAUCAGGCAGUAGACGUUUUGCGUGAAUCAGUUGCACGGAGAGGACCAAUCAAGUUAACAGUGGCUAAGAUGUGGGAUAGUGGACCAAGAAGUGCAUUCACUGUCCCGCGACAUCGGGAUGAACCGGUACGACCUAUUGAUACUCAGGCUUGGAUACAGCAUACUAACGCUAUGCGUGGAAUGCCAUCCAUCCUCGAAGGCUCUGAAGGUACUCCAACUCCAAUACCUGGUCAAUACGGUCGACCUGCAAGUAGCAGCACUGCAACAUCAAAUGGUUCUGUUCCAAACACCAUUGUUGGUGGAGCCCAUUUCCGGUUAGAUGCUAUGACGGACAAAAAGAAAGUUGUUCAAAUGAUGGUUAUGCCAAAUUCUGGGUUAGAUAUCAAAAAUCGCACUUGGCUGAAGAUUCCGAUUCCGAUGUCUUUUCUUGGCAGUGACUUGGUUGAUUGGCUGAUGGAACAUGUUGAUGGUCUCCGUGAUCGAAAGGAUGGACGCAAGUUUGCUGGCGAGUUGUUGAAGGAGAAGUUAAUCAGUCAUGUGGUCAACAAAAUUACCUUCACUGAACAGUGUUACUAUAUUCUGGGUGAAGAAUGUGCUGAUUAUGCACGCUUGCGGCAAAAUCCUGGAGGUGAUGAUCCAGGUGUUCGAAGUGAAGUGGGUUCGGUGUUGCCAGCGCCACCACCAGGGCUUGUUGCUGCUGCAGCGCAGCAAAGUGGACGUGCUUGGCCUCAACCAACGAUGAUACCGCAAAGUGCACCUUCAAUGGUAAGUGGUUAUGCAUCUAUGCCGUUAACACUGUAUCCGAAUCAGCAGCCAUAUGUUGCGACCAAUGUCGUUCCACCAUACAAAGGUGCUGAAACUAUCGGUGGUGGUCCAGAUGUUCACAGUCAAACAAGUAGCAACGAUGGUUCAAGUGGAAGCGAACAGAGACAUACGAUUUUACCACAGGCACCCAUAUCAUCGGGUGUUCAUUCAACCGCAUUUUCAUCCAAUAUCCAAAAAGGAACAUCGGUAUCCUUGGCUGCAGGUCCAACUUUUGGAAUGGUAGCAACAAAUCGCUUGGAAGAGAUGCCACAGGAUUUGGCAUCCAGUCGGCAAAGUUUUCGAAUUGCGAUGAGUCAACCCUUUGAAUUCUUUGUUGAUAAUUUAUAG